GCUCAGCUGCACAAGCACACAGAGCCGAGAGAUAGCGCAACAGUCCCAAAGAACCCGAUAGGAAGAGGCCUUCUCGUUAAGAUUAUGGACGAGAGUGGCAAGCUGAUCGCCAUCAUCGGGGACGAGGACACUGUGACCGGAUUUUUGUUGGCGGGAGUGGGGCACCGUACCGUCAACACAACAAAUUUCCUCGUUGUCAAGAACGACACGACGGUUUCGCAAAUCGAAGACGCGUUCAACCGCCUCACGGCGAGGGAUGACAUAGCGAUCGUGCUCAUCAACCAGCACGUUGCGAACGACAUCCGUCAUCUCCUCGGGAGCUACUCCAAGACCAUCCCCACAGUGCUAGAGAUUCCCAGCAAGGACGUUCCGUACGAUCCCGAGCAGGACUACAUCAUGCAGAGAAUCAACAUGAUGCUCGGCGCCGGACAAUCGUAGUGCGUGUAGUGCGUGAGCAGUGCAUCAUAGUUGGAAGAGUGCGAAGCCAUGCUUGGCCCUGUGCAUAUUCGUGGCGCGUGAAGUCACCAGAGCCAAAAUAGUGCCCCGCAACUGUGCCUAUUUAGGAUAGUGAAUGGCCGCAUGGAAAGUGCAGGCGCGACGUGUAUGUAACAUUCCAAAAUUGGGGAGACGGGGGGUAGUGCUAUGCAGCACGGCGCCUCGUUAGUUCUCGCGCGCUCACACGAGCAUGUUGUAAUUUAUGGUUUUGUUUUUUGUGCCGUCUUGCUUGAGGAGCGGGGCCGAGAGUUUGAACAGCACGGCGUGCUUUUUUUGUUCUUCUGGCGGUCCUGCCCAGGAAAUCACCGACGGAAGCAAUACUAUCGUCAUGCUCUGACUCUCCCUCUCUCUCUUUCUCUUGAAUAUAUCCCCCUUCUCUUUCUCGGGGUUGUGUUAAUACCGUUAUUAGGUCAGAGGUACAAUUAUCGCCAUGCUGUUUCUCUCUCUGUCCCUCUCGUGAAUAUAUCCCCAUUCUCUUUCUCGGGGUUGUCUUGAUACCGUUGUUAGGUCAGAGGUGCAAUUCUCGGUGUGUUGUCCGGUCCUACCCGCGCGGAUGCCAUGAAAUGGUUGAAUUCAAGUCACUGUUUCGUUGACGUCGUUCCAGCACUGCCCGACAAUCGCCUUGGA